CACAGGUCACAUCUAAUGCCGAGGCUGAAGGAAUCGCGCUCCCACGAGUCUUUGCUUAGUCCCAGCAGUGCGGUUGAAGCUCUUGAUCUCAGCAUGGAGGAAGAGGUGGUGAUCAAACCUGUCCACAGCAGCAUCCUGGGCCAGGACUACUGCUUCGAGGUCACAGCAUCGUCUGGCAGUAAAUGCUUCUCGUGCCGCUCAUCAGCUGAACGGGAUAAAUGGAUGGAGAACCUGCGUCGUGCCGUACACCCAAAUAAGGAUAACAGUCGUCGGACGGAGAACAUGCUGAAGCUGUGGAUUGUUGAGGCCAAGGACCUGCCGGCCAAGAAGAAGUACCUGUGCGAGCUGUUCCUGGACGAUGUGCUCUACGCACGGACGACCUGCAAACUGAAGACAGACAACGUCUUCUGGGGCGAGCACUUUGAGUUCAACAACCUGCCGCCCCUGAGGAGCAUCAUGGUGCACUUAUACAAGGAGACGGACAAGAAGAAGAAGAAGGACAAGAACAACUACGUGGGCCUGGUCAGCAUCCCCAUAACCGCGGUGACGGGGCGGCAGUUUGUGGAAAAGUGGUAUCCGGUGGUGUCCACAAACACCAGCAAAGGGAAGUCCGCCGGCCCCAUGAUUCGCAUGAAGAGCCGCUACCAGAGCAUCAGCAUCCUGCCCAUGGAGCUGUACAAGGAAUUCGCCGAGUACAUCACCAACAACUACAUGGUGCUGUGCACCAGCCUGGAGGCUGUCCUCAGCGUCAAGAACAAGGAGGAGAUGGCGUCCGCGCUGGUCCAUAUCCUACAGAGCACCGGAAAGGCCAAGGAUUUCCUCACGGAUCUGAUGAUGUCAGAGGUGGAUCGCUGUGGAGACAAUGAACAUCUGAUAUUUCGGGAGAACACUUUGGCCACCAAGGCGAUUGAGGAAUACCUGAAGCUGGUGGGACAGAAGUAUCUGCAGGAUGCGCUGGGAGAGUUCAUCAAGGCCCUGUACGAGUCAGACGAGAACUGUGAGGUCGACCCCAACAAGUGUUCAGCCUCCGACCUCCCCGAGCACCAGGGGAACCUCAAAAUGUGCUGCGAGCUGGCCUUCUGCAAGAUCAUCAACUCCUACUGUGUUUUCCCCCGAGAGCUCAAGGAGGUGUUUGCGUCCUGGAGGCAGGAGUGUAACAGCCGGGGGCGGCCGGACAUCAGCGAGCGGCUCAUCAGUGCGUCUCUCUUCCUACGCUUCCUCUGUCCCGCCAUCAUGUCUCCCUCCUUAUUCAACCUUCUCCAGGAAUAUCCUGAUGACCGCACAGCUCGCACUUUAACCCUGAUUGCCAAAGUCACGCAGAACCUCGCCAACUUUGCAAAGUUCGGCAGUAAGGAGGAGUAUAUGUCCUUCAUGAAUCAGUUCUUGGAGCACGAAUGGACCAACAUGCAGCGUUUCCUCCUGGAGAUCUCAAAUCCAGAAACCAUCUCCAACACGGCAGGAUUUGAGGGCUACAUCGACUUGGGUCGGGAGUUGUCCAUGCUGCAUUCCCUGUUGUGGGAAGUGAUCUCCAUGGAUCAGGCCACAGUCGCUAAGCUGGGACCCCUGCCUCGUAUCCUGCGGGAUGUGAAUGCCGCACUCAACAAUCCGUCCAGCGCACAGGGAUCUGUCACCAGCGAUCACUCCGCCACCUCGCCGAACACAAGCAACAACGUCUCCAUCGGCCUCCAAAAGAUGGUAAUCGACAAUGACUUAUCUGGUCUGAUAGAUUUCACCAGGUUACCAUCUCCAACUCCUGAAAACAAGGACUUAUUUUUUGUCACAAGGUCUGCUGGGGUUCAGCCUUCGCCGGCACGAAGCUCCAGUUACUCGGAGGCCAACGAGCCGGACGUGCAGAUAACUAAUGGCAGCAAGAGUUUGUCCAUGGUUGACCUGCAGGACAAUCGGGUUUUGGAUAUUGGCACUAGUCCCCCCACCAUUGGGGACUCUUUAAAUGACAGCCAGACAUCGUUCAGCCAGCUCCAGGCAAUAUGGACAGCCCGGACGCCGCAGGGUAACAUGAUGACCAUGACCACGGCCAGGAGAACGGGGCAGACGCCGACCACUCCCAAUGCAGACGCCACAUUGGGGAGACCCCAGCUCCUGGCGCCUUUGUCAUUCCAGAACCCUGUGUACCAGAUGGCAGCAGGUUUGCCGGUGUCACCGAGGGGGUUGGCAGACUCUGGGUCAGAAUGUCACAGCUCGCUGAGCUCUCACAGUAACAGCGAGGACUUAGCCGCCACUAAACACGGCUUCAUGAACAUGGGCGCCAGUGAGGACUUUAGCCGUCGCUCAGGGGACGGCUCCAGGCGGCAGCUCUCCAUGACAGAAAAGACUGGCCAGCCCACCAUGCCGCGGCAAAACAGCUCUGGUCCCCAGAGGAGGAUAGACCAACCCCCACCUCCUCCCCCACCACCAAUGAUGAGGGGCAGGACGCCCCCAACGUUACUCAACACAGCACCCUACCCAAGACCGUCCAGCGGCAGCAUGAUGUCCUCCUCCCCGGACUGGCCUGGCAGUGGAGCCCGCAUGAGGCAGCAGUCAUCGUCCUCCAAAGGAGACAGCCCCGAGAUGAAGCACAGGACGGUGCACAAACAGGCCCCCUCGCCCGUGAACCCCAAUGCCCUGGACCGCACAGCUGCUUGGCUGCUGACUAUGAAUAUGCAGCUUUUAGAAGAUGAAGGCCCCGAGCUCAGGGAUAGGAGCAGGAGUAAGGAAGACAUGAGCCAAGCAGAAAAGUAUCAGCAGGAGAUCCUGGUGCUGCAGGACAAGCUGCGACUCUCCAACAAGAAGCUGGAGGAGUACGAGAGCCGCUGCAAGAGCCAGGACGAGCAGACGCAGAAGAUCCUGCUGGAGUACCAGGCGCGGCUGGAGGAGAGCGAGGAGCGGCUGCGCAGGCAGCAGGAGGACAAGGAGAUGCAGAUGAAGGGGAUCAUAAGCAGGCUGAUGUCCGUGGAGGAGGAGCUGAAGAAGGAUCACGCCGAGAUGCAAGCGGCGGUCGACUCCAAGCAGAAGAUCAUCGACGCCCAGGAGAAGCGCAUCGCCUCGCUGGACGCGGCCAACGCCCGGCUCAUGAGCGCCUUAACCCAGCUGAAAGAGAGGUACAGCAUGCAAACACGUAACGGGAUCUCGCCCACAAACCCGACUAAGUUACAGAUCACAGAGAACGGCGAGUUCCGAAACAGCAGUAAUUGUUAACGGUCGGACGGCGGCAGAGACGCGGCAGCGGGGACUGCUCCAGGACUGGCGGAUGCUGUAAUGUGCCAUAAGAACCUUAUUUGUAGAAGAUUCCGGUUAUUUUAAUGUUAAAUCAGAUUUUUAUUUCCUCCGAGAAACUGCAAAGGGUUAAAACCAAUCUGCGCAGCCGCCAUCGGCGUGAGCGCAGUCCGUAAACACUAAAACCUGCUGCUCCAGCUCACAGGAUGUAUGGCCAGACCUGCGCUACCCUGUACACAACCUUAUAGCGGCAGAAAGUAAGUGACCCCCUCCCCAGUCAGUGUAUUCAUAGUCUAGUCUGCGAUUACACUGCCCCCGGUCACGUGUACUACUACUCUCAUCAGGCUAUAGGACGUCUUCCAGGUGUCUGUGGUGGACUGUGUACAUUAACCUGUGGAAUAAAGAUGCUUUAUCAGAACGUC